CUUUAAGCCAAGCAACCCAGCGCUGGUGUCUCGGGCUCGCUGGAGCGGCUUGCUGGAGACACCGUGACCAAUAGAAGCCCAAACCGAGAUCUAAAUAAUUCCUGAGUGAGAAGAAGCCAAGGCAGAGGCUUGUGUGAGAGGCUCCUGCACCAGCCGGGGGGGAUCUGAGCCUCACAACAGCUCUGCUGCCCUCCCACCCUUCAUAAAGCUUUGAUGAGACACUUGAGCUGCUCCUGUGUUGCUGGGGCUGCAGGAGGCGGCUGGUGGGACUGGGCGGCUCGGAGAGGAUGUGACUUUCCGGAGGGACCCGAGCAGGCUUUGCGUGGACAACAAGUUCCACCAAGUAAGAAGAGUGAUGACCAUCCUUUUCCUUACUAUGGUUAUUUCAUACUUCAGUUGCAUGAAAGCUGCCCCUAUGAAAGAAGCAAGUGUCAGAGGACUAGGCAGCUUGGCUUACUCAGGUCUUCGGACCCAUGGGACUCUGGAGAGCCUAAGUGGGCCCAACACUGGUUCAAGAGGACUGACAUCAUUGGCAGACACUUUUGAACAUGUCAUAGAGGAGCUUCUAGAUGAGAAGCAGGACGUCCAGCCCAGUGAGGAAAACAAGGAUGCUGACUUGUACACGUCUCGGGUUAUGCUAAGCAGUCAAGUGCCUUUGGAGCCCCCAUUGCUCUUUCUGCUUGAGGAGUACAAAAAUUACUUGGAUGCUGCAAAUAUGUCCAUGAGGGUCCGGCGCCACUCUGACCCUGCUCGCCGUGGGGAGCUGAGCGUGUGUGACAGUACUAGUGAGUGGGUAACAGCAGCAGAGAAAAAGACUGCAGUGGACAUGUCUGGUGCAACUGUUACAGUCCUGGAAAAAGUCCCAGUACCCAAAGGCCAACUGAAGCAAUACUUCUAUGAGACCAAAUGCAAUCCCAAAGGUUACACAAAAGAGGGUUGCAGGGGCAUAGACAAAAGGCAUUGGAAUUCCCAGUGCCGAACUACCCAGUCUUAUGUGCGAGCUCUCACCAUGGAUAACAAAAAGAGAGUUGGCUGGCGGUUUAUAAGAAUAGACACUUCCUGUGUAUGUACAUUGACCAUUAAAAGGGGAAGAUAGUGGAUUCAUGUUGUAUAGAUUAUAUUGAGAAAAAAUUAUCUAUUUGUAUAUAUACAUAACAGGGUAAAUUAUUCAGUAAAAUAAUAAUUUUAUGGACUGCAUGUAUAACUAAAGUUUAUACAGUACAGUGGUUCCACAAUCUAUUUAUUGAACAUAUCCAUGACCUGAAGGGGAACAAAUGUCAUUUGCGCACAACUAAAACAAAUAAGUCUCUGCAUUACAUUCCUCGAUAACAUUGUGGUUUGUGGCCGUUGCCAAGAAUUGAAAACGUAAAAAGUUUAAAAAAAUAAUAAAAUUGCAUGCUGCUUCAAUUGUGAAUUGAUGAUAAACUGUCCUCCUUCAGAAAAAAAAUUUGAACCAAAACAUUCCGUUUACAUUUUAGACAGUAAGUAUCUUUAUUCCUGUUAGUAUUAUAUCCGUUUACUGCUUUUACCUUCUGAUAGCGUUGGAAUUAAAACAAUGUCAAGGUGCUGUUGUCCUAGUUUUACUGUUUUAUUUUUUUACUUUUAAAUUCCCACGAGGUUGGCAAAGGAAAAAAAAUCAUUAGAUACAUGUUCUGGAUAAAACAAUUUUUUUUUUUUUUUUUUUUUUGCUGUUGUGAAGGUGUUUGCAAUAUUGAAUCAGGCUACUGACUAAAUAAAUAAAUAAAAAAGAGGCAACCGAAAAAGAAUGCUGAUGUUCCGCUUCACAUUGCUGAACUGCGGGCUUAAGGACAGCACUUGUGUAACUGUCUGGCUCCAGGCUUUUUUUUUUUAUGGCUACAUUUUGAAAAAACUGCAUUUGCUUAUAUCACAUUGGUUUGUGUGGGGAGGAGGGGCUUGGGGGAAGAGUUGUUUGGAGUCCCCCCCCCCCCUUCCUGUCUUGGGCAGGAAAUUGAUUGCCAUCUCUAAAAUAUUUCACUCCCCACCAUAUGACUAAAGGUUGUCAUAUUGAAAAUAUCAUAUAGAGUGUUGAAAGCAAUUACUUAAAAUGUAAUACAAGACUUUUUGUGCUUGGAUCAAACGUUUUGUUGAAGCACAAUAAAAUUUCAUGAUAAUAUGGUCUGAACAGAGUACAGUAAACGUAGAUCAGAGUGGCUACAGGGUGGGACAGUGUGGGCCAAAUUCAAUUAUGAGUUACAACUCAUUGGGUUGAGUGGGGCUGCAUGAGUGUAAAUCUGCAAUGAAUUUGGAACCAUUCAUGCGGCAGAGCAAUGCCAUUGCCCAGCAUACUGAUGUCUGUACUAUAGCCUAAUUCUCCACUGAUGACAAAGGGAACAUCUAAUAUGCUCCAUCCCUUGAGUUUCUGGGAAAUAUAAAACUUGAGAAAUUGAGAGAAUUCGGGCCUGAAGGACUCCAGAGGGGUGGCUCUGGAAUGAAGUAGAAAGAGGGCUCUACCUCUAACUUUAAGUACUGAAUAUAUUUGGAUAUGUUCAAGAGGUUCUAUAUCUUAAGGUGCAGUACAUGGCAGAUUUAAUCCAUUAAACGAAUAGCAUCAUGAAUAAAUAAGAUUGUAAAAAAAAAAAAAAAAAGGAGGUGUGAUAGUCACCAUUGGUGAUAA